GAUGGUUGUGUAUGGGGGAAAGGAGGCAGGGUACUGAAGAUCUUCUCCAAGGAUACUAUGUCAACUCCAUUAUGUGCUGGGGAACAAAUUAUAUGGACUCGGAUCAGACCAAAGAAGAGUAAAAUGCAACCCAGUUACUGCAGAUGAGAUUUUGAGUGAAGACUUUCCAGUAAUAAUAACUCUCCUCUUUGGAGGAAACAAAGUCAUGGCUGUAACAAACAGCGCCAUCUACUUCCUCUGUCCUGACACACUACAAACCCUUAUUGUUACCCAGCAACGGGACAGCUGCAGUCUGAAGGUGGGUGAGGAUGGCUGCAACAUCAGCUUUCGCCAGGAUCUCAGUCAAGAUCCUGGAGCAGAAAAACUAGAGGAGAAGCGAGACUUGCAUUUGGCAUCGGUAAAUGUUGAUGUUUGUGGAUGUCAGAGACGAUGCUGUAGAGGUUGUCAUGGAGCUGAAAGUGCCUGGACCUCCUGCAGAGGUCUACUCUAUAAAUGCUCAUGUUGGAUUUCUGGUUUCAUUUAAAAUACAACAACGAAACACAGAGCUGCAAAGGGAGCAUGUGUUUCACUACAGUGUUCACGGGAAGAUCCUGGGGGUGCUGCCCUUCCUUGGACCCGGACCAAGAUGUUUCUGUGUGGAGUACCUGAAGGGUAGGGAGGGGGUGACGGACACAGAUUCAGGGUGUGGCAGGGGAGGCUGGCAUGUGUUUAUGAGGGACGGCCAUGAGGGGAUUAUAGGUCUACGUCUGUGAAUAACAGGAACUGCCGAGGACUGGCCAUGAGAAGAUUAUAGGUCAAAUAAAACAAAUGGUAUAUUUGGGUUUAUACUUUCUCAGUAAAGUAUAUAUUCUAGUACUUUUGUUAGGUCACAUCCGGCAUUUGAACCCUCACUCUCAGAGUCAGACACCGAAUCAACAACACACACGAUUUAACCCAAUGAGGCAUCACAGCUUCAACACAAAUUCAAGCCUGACUGGUUGUCUAGAUCAUGUAGAGAGAGAGUGGGUAUAUAUAUAUGCAUAUACUUGGACUGCUUUUGGAAAUUCAGCAUAUAUACUUAAUGAAGAUAUUCGACACAAGAUUCAACUGAUAUCAGAUGCAAAGGAUGAUGCCAGUCUGGUAGCUGAUUACACAGGAUUUUGUAUUGAAUAAAUAUCAAUAAAACAGUUAUAUUCAAAA